UGAUGUGGUGAUAGUGCGAAUAUAGUAAACGCCUUUAAAAGCCCCUUGUUCAAUUAUGCACGCAAAGGUGCCAGCAAAAAGAGGCCCGGAGUGAAUCCGCUCAAUAAUGAGGGAAUGCAUGUCGAUAGGUACAUAUUCAUGUAGAAUAUACGUACCCAUAUUUAUAAAUAUAUGAAUAUUUAAGCUUUCUUGUGUAUCAAAUUUUCAUCACUCUUUUAAUCAACACAUCAGCAGAAAGUUGUAGUGUCAUUCAGUAAAUUUGGUUAGUCAGUAGUUGGGUGGAUGCAUUAAUAAGCUGGACACAUACAUACGCAAUCAUCUUCUCGAUAACUGAGCAAAUAUAGCUCUUCCUCUUCACAUCAUCAUCAUCGUCAAUCAAGUGACAGAUGUUAUUUACAGCGUCGUCUCCAUUUUUUGUUUCAGUAUGACCUUGAUAUGGCCACUUGGUCAAUUCAUGCAGUCAUUAGUCAGGUCAUUGCAACACCGUGGUGGUCGUUUUCAACCAGUGGACAUUGGCACCGUAUCUUGAACACAGCAGCAGUUCCACCACCGAGAAGAAGAGAGUGAGUUAUACAUAAAUGACGCUUUUCUUACCAUGGUGUUAUCUUGGUGACCUUUACCCACCACCUUUAAUACUUGGUCCACAUAUGAAUUAAAUUAUUAUAAUAAAUGUCAACUUGCUAACAACAUGGGACGAAGAAGAGGGAGUAUGGUUGGAAAGUAUUACAAUAUUCCUCCAUCCACCGCACUGCUGCUGCAAUUAAAAAUGAAAAUACUGAUUCGAGUGGGCGAAUAAUAAACAAGUCUCAAUAAGCAAAAGCAGCUCGUCCAGCAGUGUUUUAUUCAUAGGGAGUUUACGAAUUCAUGGGAAAGAGUUGUUGGGACAGACGCCUUCUUCUGAGUACUGCUGGACUACGCUGGAUGGAUAUUUAUAACAAUCUUGGGUCUCAUUUUUCAACUCGGCUUUAAUCAUACAAAUCGAUUUCUUGUCGUGGUCAUAUAAGAAUUCAGCCCAAUUCCGACAUUUAACUCUUUUCGCUGAAAGUGUACGUAUGUAUGCUGAAAGUAUGAAGUAGUGGUGGUGGAAGUGGUAGUGGUAGCUGGUAGCGUCAGGUUACAUGACCGAUCGAUUAUUGGAGCUGUUGUGGUGCCCAAGUUUAUACGACAUUUGACACUCUCUCUUCAAAUUCCAAUUGUGCUUUUUGGCAUUUGUUUGCUCUGUUAGAAAAAUGCAGUCCAGAACAAUACUAAUUUUUGUCGUGGGACUAAUAGCAUCAGAAAUUAGUCAGGCAUGGGCAGCCAAAUCUAUCUCGGAGAUAAUGGAUAGCUUAUUCCCCACGAAAGAAAAUAGUCCCAAUGACUAUUAUGAUAAGAGGAUUGUUCCCAAUUCUGGAGUUAGUGUAACCGUGAGUGCCUACGUCUUGGACGUGUUCAACGUGGAUGAGAAGAACCACGAGUUUACAGCACAACUGUACUUACGACAAAAAUGGAUUGAUCCAAAGUUGAGGUUUGAACCUCCUGCAGGCGUUUUGAAAAUUACGCUUGAUCGAGAACACGCAGCAAAAAUGUGGGUGCCCGACACCUUCAUCGUCAAUGAGAGAAGAUCCACAAAGCAUGAUUUGACCGUUGAUAACAUUUUUACCAGCGUCAUGUCCGACGGAGAAGUUCUCAGAUCAAUGAGAAUCACUGUGACUGCAAGUUGCAAAAUGAAUCUGAAAUGGUUCCCCUUUGACAGGCAUACGUGCAGCUUAGUGUUCGAGAGCUAUGGCUACUCCGCCAAUGAAAUAGCUUACGUUUGGGACAAAAAUGACAACGGAGAGCCAAAAAUUGGAGUCUCUGCUGGAUCAGGGGGUUCCAUCAAUCAGGAAGUUAUAGCGGUCAAGGGUGGCUAUGCGAGUAUCUCUCUUUCCAGUGGAAAUUAUUCCCGAGUCUCCAUUGAAUUCAUCAUUGCCAGAGUUUCUACCCGAUUUUUCCAAGAUGUAUAUUUCCCAUCCACCGUUCUCGUUAUUAUCGCCUUCAUAACAAUGACCGUUGUUAACUUGCACCUUCGCCUUCUCCUGAGCGUGAUUUGUAUGGUUGGCAUCGUAAUCUUCACCUCUCUCUUAUCUCAGGAAAUGCCCAAAGUUUCCUAUCAAACUGCACUGGACUUUUACGUGUUUAAAUGUUCCUUCAUGGUCUUUAAUGUGGUUAUCGUGAACUUUAUCAUGUAUCAUCUCCUCAGACCUCAAGCAAACUCAAAUACGCGUAUGAGAAUGCGUCAAAUCAACGGAAGUGCAGAUGAUGCCAAAGAAAUUCUUCCAGACACCGAACCCUCAGAAGAACACUUCAACAUUGGACGCCCCAACUUUGACAGUCGGUUUAAAGAGUUAAUUUACAAAUGCUGCAUGUACUCUCAAUAUACGAUGCCCUGCUUUUUCAUCGUGUUUAACAUCAUUUACUGGAUGGUUGUCCUCCUCUCGUCCAACUCGGUCGGAGACGAUACGGAUUUUAUGCUUGUGGAAAAUACAAAUUAAUAUUUAAGAGAACACGAUUGAUAACUACUUCAUGGACCAGUUAGUCAACCCAAUAAUGUAAAGAGUACCAGAGAAAAUGAUGCCGUCUCAAAAAACCAAACCAAAUACACACAAUUAAUUCGCCAUAUCAAUCACACACCCUUAUUUUCACAAUAAAAUUAAAUAAACCUGUUGUAUGAAUGUACGUACGUGAUAGUACC